AUGGAACACGAUUCAGAAUAUAUCCUCACAGCGUCCCAACUUCAAUCCUUCCAAGAACUGGGUUAUCUGCUCAUCAAAGGUUUCCUCUCGGAAUCAGAAUCACUGCGGCUCCAACGAUGGGCACAGGAGAUUUAUGACCUUCCCCGAACGGAAGACGUGCCGUGGAUGCCAUACGAGGAAGUAAAUGCCGAUGGAAGGAGGGUGCUCUGCCGUACCGAAAAUUUCGCCAAUACCCAUACUGGCUUCAAUGCUUUUCUUCGGGGGACACGCACAACCAGUGUUCUAGAGCAGCUAGCCGGGGAGAAAAUGGUUCUGUUCAAGGAAAAAAUCAACUAUAAGCUUGCCGGAAGUGGUGGAUUUGAUCCUCAUAUUGAUGCCAAUGCGUACACGCACGUCAAAAAUAUCAAACAUCUUACAAUUCUCGUCGCUGUAGAUGAAAUGUCGAGCGAGAACGGCGGGCUCGAGGUCGUUCAGGGAAGCCAUCUAGACACGAUUCCGCUGGGAGGCGAUUGCUGUAUUGAAUCUGACUGGGUUGAUAAUCAUAAGUGGGUUUCAUGCAAUUUGCAGCCUGGUGAUAUACUGGUAUUUGGAUCGUAUCUGGCACACCGCAGUGGUGCCAAUCGGAGCGCAAGAGACCGAAAGGCCGUCUACGCGACGUACAAUUCUGUCUCUGAAGGCGAGUUGCGUAACCAGUACUAUAUAGACCGACGCAAGCUAUGGCCUGCGACGCAUUUGCGCAAAGACAGCGAAUCUUAUGCCGAGGGACGCGAGAGAUAUGCAUAUGGUUCACCGAUGCUGACCAUUGAUGCAUGGAAAUAUGCAAAAUGA